CGUCUCCAACUGCAAAUGACGCGCUGGGAUCGAAAAUGCUGAGGACAAGGACACCUCAUAAUUUAUUUCCUUGCUCGCCAAUCUGAACCCCUUCACAGAUCUCACAUUCGCAAAUUGAUCAGGACGGUACGCCCAGCAUGGCGGAGCUGAGUCGGUCCAAGACUGGCGACGUUCGAACCAGAGUCGAGGACUAUGUGAAUGAUAAGAUUCAAACUGCGGCAGAUCUCGAUCAAUUGGACAGCUUGAUACAACGAGUCCAAGAACAGCAGGACCUUCUGAAGAAACAGCUGGAGGAUGCCCGGCGAAGCUACCAGGAAGCGCAUGCCCGAGUCGAAGAUCGCUCUCGCGAGCUCAAAGUACGAGCAGAACGCUACCUAGCUGAAGAGGCGGAGGUCCAAGAACGACAGAGACUUCUGGCACAAUCAGACGCUUCUGAUGAUCCGGUCAGCAAGGUUGAGGCUCGAAUGGUCAGGGUGCGGAACCUCGAAAUUGCCCAAGGACAUCUCGAAAUCGUCCAGCAAAUGAACGCACUGAGCACCCAGACAAGGUCGAAUCUAUCCUCCCAACCGGAGACAUCUGUACAAGCCUAUGUCCAACUACGAGGCUUGUUCAAGCAGAUACAGUCUGCACAGCCCGCCGCAGAGGAUGCCGCCCCGCAGCUGGUUUACGAGAUCGAGCAACAUUGCAACCAGUUGUACAACGAGGUCAAGAACGUGCUCGAAGAAAAUCUACGCAAAAUCUUAGAGCAGAUGAAAUGGCCUUCCAAAGAACUCAAUCUCAUUGGCAACAUUCGUGAGAGAUGGGAUCAACAAGUUAGGCUACUCCUCAAAUUGCAGGAUCCAGACUUGAUCACAGCUUUUGGAGGCAAAGACAAUCUCGGCCCCUCUCCAAACGUUGAGCCCGUUGUCUUGCUUCCUCUUGAGGUUAUGGUACAGCCUCUCGCAGCGAGGUUUCGUUACCAUUUCUAUGGAGACAAGCCCACCAACAGACUGGACAAACCGGAAUACUUCCUCACCCAUGUGCUCGAUCUCGUUGAAAGACACAGUGGCUUCGUGUCCGAUAUGCUUGGGCCGAUAUUCGAUGAGGAGGUACUGUCUUCUGAGACCUUGGAAGCCAUAUAUUCCGAUGCUGUGUCGGCAUUUAUAACUGCGCUCUUACCUAUUGUGCUUGCGAAAAGCUUGUCUUUUUUGCCGCAAAUCUCCCAGGAGCCGCAACUCCUAUCUCACUUCAUGCAUGAGUUAAUGGUUUUCGACGCGGCGCUCCGUGAUACAUGGGGCUACGUCCCAAUUCCCAGGAUGUUGACGGACUGGAAAGGAGUGACCUGGAAGAUUUUGACCGUUCACGGAUACUUCGCACCGUGGCUAGCAGUGGAGAAGGAUUUUGCUCUUUCUCGCUACAGGACGAUAAGAGACGCAGCCGACAGUGUUGAUGUCGAUUUUGAUGCCGACUCUACACAGACCAAGCCUACCAAGGGUGCCAUCAGAGUGAAUGACUUGCUAGAGACGAUCACCGACCGUUACAGAGGACUCUCGUCAUUCAGUCAGAAGAUAAAGUUUCUCUUGGAGAUUCAAUUGUCCAUAUUUGAUGACUACCACAAUCAUUUGCAAGGAAGUCUUCAAGCAUACCUGAUGGCCUACAGAGCCGGCCGACUGAUACCGGGUCAACAUGAUAGCGACUCUUUAGGUCGUAAAGGCUUGGAGUCGCUGGCCAAGAUUUAUGGCAGUGCUGAGUUCCUGGAGCGCAAAAUGUCCGACUGGAGCGACGAUGUUUUCUUCUUGGAGCUCUGGGAGGAACUUCAGUACCGCGCAAAAGACAGCAACGGCCAUAACGCUUCUGUCGGUACUGGCCUCAGAGUGGCGGAUGUUGCAGCCAGAACAUCUGCUACUAUCAAUUCGGAUGAUCCAGAUGGUGAUCUGGAUGCCGACGGUAGCGGACUCUUUGACCAGACUGCUUUGGCAUAUCGGCGCAUGCGCGAACGUAGCGAGGAAGAAAUCCUCCGAGCUCUGGACGUGAACUUGCACGCUGCAUUCGGACCUUAUGCAAGAUACGGACAGUGGUCAUCUCUUGCUGCGACGCCGUCUGAGGCCGGAGCAACGGCACCCUCGGCCAGCCUUGAUGGUUUCUGUGAGACCACGACCGUGCUCCUCGGCUACCUGGCGAGAGUGCUAGCUCCAGGCCCAUUGCGACGGAUCACGAAGCAUUAUUGUGCCACGGUGCAACGGGAGAUUUACGACAACGUCUUAAUGCAUCACACCUUCUCGGCGACAGGAGCAUCUCAACUAAGGCGGGAUCUGUCCGCAAUUGAGGAUAGCAUCAAAAAGGAAAGCCACUUGCCUGGGGUCAUUGGUGGCACUAUGAAGCGCCUUCAAGAAGCAGUAUUCCUCCUCUCCCUUGAUGCUGUUAAGCCUGCAGGCUCUGGUACUGGUGCAGGUGGUGAUGAUGGUUGGGGCUUCGACGAGGAUGAACGUGGGCAAAUCAUAUCAGAAGACGCCACGAAUGUCUCCCUAAUGAAGGAAUCCGAUGAAUGGAGUCUUUGGGACGCUGAAAAGCUCGUGUUCCGGAGCAAUGAGGCGGCGCGUCAAGCCCUUGCAGAUAUGGGGCUGCAUCAUCUGAGUGAGGGCGAUGCAAGGAAUGUUUUGAAACGAAGGGUUGAGCUCGAUAGUUGAGAGAUCUCACGGGAUCAGAUGACCUCGUAUACCUGGAGUGGCCCCCCAUCAUCCUGAGAAGUAUCUAUUCAUGAAUGGCCCUCAUGCUCCAGAGGCGUUUGAGAGGGUUUUCUCCC